UUGCUUUUGGAGUUCUUGGCAAUGUUCCCCAGCCCCUGCACGUCCACUCCCUUCUCUGUAAAGGACAUAUUAAACCUGGAGCAGAGUCAUGACGUUUUGGUGUCUUCUCUGGACGUCUCCUCUCGUAUGGACUGCAGCACCGCGCCGACCUCCUCCUCUUCCUCCUCCUCCUCCUCCUCCUGCAUGCUGACCCGCCUGAAGCAGGAGCCUUUGCGGGACAUGUCGACCGCCGCCUCGCUGUUUGGAGAAGACCUCCACGAGUCCAGAGCCGGCAGAGGCAAUGCGCUCAGCUUCGCUCCUACCUUUUAUGGGAAAUCACUCAUGGAGAUGGAUAUAAUUAAAGAUGGGAAAUCAGACGCGUUUGAGGGGAAACGUAGAAAAGAGGAGUUCAGUCCUCCGGCUGAGCCUGUGGAGGACAUAAAACCCGAAGAUCCGGACCGACCAAAGCCGCGGAGGCGCAGAAAGCCGCGGGUCCUCUUCUCCCAGGCGCAGGUGUACGAGCUGGAGCGCCGCUUCAAGCAGCAGAGAUACCUGUCCGCCCCGGAGAGAGACCACCUGGCCGGCGUGCUCAAACUCACCCCGACCCAGGUGAAGAUCUGGUUCCAGAACAGGAGGUACAAGUGCAAGCGGCAGAGGCAGGACCAGAGCCUGGAGAUGGUGUCCCUGCCGCCGCCCAGGAGGGUGUCGGUGCCGGUGCUGGUGCGGGACGGGAAGCCUUGUCUGGCGGCAGACACAGCCACCUACAACCCCUCUUACAGCAUGGGCCACAUCAACCACUUCACUUACAACAACUACCCAGCUUUCAGUAACUACACCAGCCCCGGCUGCAACACGAACUAUGGGUGCAAUUACCCUGCAGCCACAAUGCAAACUAUGCAAGGAUCCUCCACAAACGGGAAUUACAUGAACUUUGGGGUGGGGGACUUGAAUAAUGUGCAGAACACGUUUUCCUCCAGUAACGGGGUGUCCUCGCUACAUGGCAUCAGGACGUGGUAAACAGAUAAAAGCCCAACAUCAAACACUCGUAUUAUCUAUUCAGUUUGACGGGGAUGUUUCUGACUGCAUGCAUUUUUAAACGAGUCGAGACUUCGCGGAGUUUGUGUAACCUCUCGGAUAUUUAACAGCUUACUUUUGGUAGUUUUUCGUUUUUGUUUUCCGCACCAGUUUUUGUCUGAAUAACCUUCAUUUUUAUUUAUUUUCCAGACUUGAGCGCAGAUCUGUCAUUGGAGCGAAAAAAA